GAGAGCAGAGGAGCAGCGGAGCCACCAGCCCCGGAGCCGAGGAACAAGGGCGAACAGCUUGUGUGUACGCAAUAACCAAACACGUCUUCUUCCUCUGAACCAACCUGGAGGGGUCUAUGUUGUCAGCAGAACCCGCCACCUCCGCGCUUUAACAUUACGCGUGUGGAUUAGUUGCGGACGCAACACGGAUCGGUCGGAACUAAAGCGAAACAAAACAAGAGUGGGGGUGAAAAAACAACGGGAAUAUACUACUACAACCGUGACAAUAAAACAACACUCCUCCAGUACAAGUGGACUUGGGUGACUCAAGGAGAGGACUGAAACAACGGGAAAACUUGAUAUGCUCCCGACUAGCCUCUCUCGGUAUUUAAGUUGAAGUGUUGUAAUACUAUUUUCGAGUGAACUUUAAACUCAGGAAACAAUGAAGACCUAGCAAAGCGAGAACUCAUCAAGUGUUUUGAGGACUGCUAGCAAUUCCGCUAGCUCGGCUAUCCGGUAGCUAGCGCCUGUGUGGCUAAAGCUAGCGCCCGCUAAAGGGGGAAAUAAGAGACGCUAGCGGAUUGGCUACUUGGGCUAGUAAGCUAAACGUGUUUUCAAGAAACUUUUGGUUUCGUGUUUUUGUCCCCCAGACGGGGAGGGUGCGCUGCAGCGUUUAAGAGGGGAAGGGCAGGUUCCCUUCUGGACUUUCUUUCCCUCCUCCCUCGCCACAUUUCGUGAACAUGAUGGCUGCGGAGGUCGGCAGCGAGGAGACGGGAUCAGUGUCAACAGGGACAGGGGUGGCAGGCAGCGGAGGGCCCGACACGGCCCAUUUCCCGUACUACUCUAAGUCCACCAGAGUGCGAGUCACUGAUCUGGGACCAGUAGUGGAGCCAGCCAUGCGCCAGAAUUCCAACACCUCUCCAGACUCUCCUCCCGAUAUGAGCAUAAUAUAUCCCGUUUCAAGGGGAGAAAUGUCCGCAACAGGGAGUGGUGGGCAUUCAAUUAUUCUUGGAACAAGCUCAGGAACCGUGGGCGGCAUGUGUUCUCCCACUUCGGAUGACCCAAGUUGCCGGAUGUCACCCACAUCUUCAUGCCCGGAUGGGCCGAAUCUCUUUCCCCCACUGCCACCCCCUCCUCCACCUCCUCCAGGCUGCGGGGUACUCGGAACGGUGGAUGAGAGUGACAUGCAAGAUGGACCAGAAUACGAGGAAGAGGAGGUGGUGUUCCCCCUGUCAGCGCCACCCACGAACCAGUGGUACCAUGGCAAGCUGGAUCGGACCAUCGCAGAGGAGCGGCUGCGCCAGGCCAAGACGCCCGGCAGCUACCUCAUCAGGGAGAGCGACCGCCGGCCCGGCUCCUUCGUCUUGUCCUUCCUCAGCAUGACGGGCGUGGUCAACCAUUUCAGGAUUAUUGCCAUGUGUGGGGACUACUACAUUGGAGGCCGGAGGUUCUCCUCCCUGUCUGACCUGAUUGGCUACUACAGCUAUGUGUCCUGUCUGCUGAAGGAGGAGAAGCUGCUGUCCCCAGUGGCGCCCCCAGAGCCUGUAGAAGACCGGCGACGAGUGAGGGCUAUUCUUCCAUACACCAAAGUGCCAGAUACAGAUGAAAUCAGCUUCCUGAAAGGGGACAUGUUUAUCGUUCACAAUGAAUUGGACGACGGCUGGCUGUGGGUGACCAACGUCCGGACUGAGGAGCAGGGCCUCAUCGUGGAAGACCUGGUGGAGGAGGUGGGCCGUGAAGAGGAUCCACAUGAGGGCAAAGUCUGGUAUCACGGCAAGAUCAGCAAGCAGGAGGCCUACAACCUGCUGAUGACAGUGGGCCAGGUGUGCAGUUUCCUCGUCCGGCCCUCUGAUAACACGCCGGGUGACUACUCCCUGUUUUUUCGCACCAAUGAAAACAUCCAAAGGUUUAAAAUCUCCCCUACCCCCAACAAUCAGUACAUGAUGGGGGGUAGGUACUACUACAGUGUUGACGACAUCGUUGACCAUUACAAGAAAGAGCAGAUUGUUGAAGGCUACAACCUGAACGAGGCGGUUUCAGUUCAGCAUCAAGAACAAGUCCUCUCUGACAUCGUGGACGGAAAGGAAAUCUACAACACCAUCAAACGGAAGACGAAAGACGCCUUCUACAAGAACAUAGUCAAAAAAGGCUACCUCCUAUUCAACAAAGGUAAAGGCAAGCGGUGGAAGAACCUUUACUUCAUCCUGGAGGGGAACGACGCGCAGCUCAUCUACUUUGAGAGUGAGAAGAGAGCCACCAAACCCAAAGGGCUAAUCGACCUCAGCGUGUGCUCUGUUUACGGAGUGCAUGACAGUCUGUUUGGCAGGCCAAAUUGUUUCCAGGUUGUGGUCCAGCACUUUAGCGAGGAGCAGUACAUAUUUUACUUUGCAGGGGAAGCUCCAGAGCACGCACAGGACUGGAUGAAAUGCCUUCAAACCUUCUGCAGUAACCUAAGGAAACCCACACAGCAGACGAUCAACAAGAGACUGAGACAGGUGAGCAGUCUGGUCCUCUACGUGGAGGAGGCCCACAAGCUGCCCGUGAAGCACUUCAACCAGCCCUACUGUAACAUCUACCUGAACAGCGUGCAGGUGGCCAAGACACACCCCAGGGAGGGUCAGAACCCCGUCUUCACGGAGGAGUUCAUCUUCGAUGACUUGUCGUGCGAAAUCAACCGAUUCGAAAUCAGCCUGAGCAACAAGACGAAAAAGAGCAAAGAAAGUGACAUUUUGUUCAUGCGCUGCCAGCUGAACCGCCUGCAGAAGGGCCAGAUGAUCGAUGAGUGGUUCCCGCUCAGCUCCCACGUCCCCCUGAAGGGCAUCGAGCCGGGGUCGCUGCGUGUCCGUGCCCGCUACUCCAUGGAGAAGAUCAUGCCAGAGGAGGAGUACAGCGAGUUCAAAGAGAUGAUACUCCACAAGGAGUUUCAUGUUAUCUACGACCUGGCCCAUGUGUGCGGCCAAGACCGCACCCUGCUGGCCAGCCUGCUGCUCCGGAUCUUCAGGCACGAGAAGACAGAGGCCCCCCUACUGAGGACACUCAACGACAGGGAGAUCAAUAUGGAGGACGAGGCGACCACGCUGUUCAGAGCGACCACGCUGGCCAGCACGCUGAUGGAGCAGUACAUGAAGGCCACCGCCACGCCCUUUGUCCACCACGCCCUCAAAGAAGCCAUCCUCAAGAUCAUGGAGAGCAAGCAGUCCUGCGAGCUAAACCCUUCCAAGUUGGACAAGAACGACGAUGUGAACCUGAACUUGGCGCACCUCCUCAACAUCCUAUCUGAACUGGUGGAGAAGAUCUUCAUGGCCGCCGAGAUCCUGCCACCGACACUGCGGUACAUCUAUGGCUGCCUGCAGCAGUCAGUACAGCAGAAAUGGCCGGCCAACACCACCAUGAGGACCAGGGUCGUCAGUGGCUUUGUGUUCCUACGGCUGAUCUGCCCUGCCAUCCUCAACCCCAGAAUGUUCAACAUCAUUGCUGACCCUCCGUCCUCAAUAGCCGGCAGGACGCUGACUCUGGUGGCCAAGUCGGUCCAGAACCUGGCCAACCUGGUGGAGUUUGGUGCCAAGGAGCCCUACAUGGAAGGAGUGAACCCCUUCAUUAAGAACAACAAACAUAGGAUGAUCAUGUUUCUGGACGAAUUGGGGAACGUUCCAGACCUCCCCGAGACGACUGAGCACUUUAGGACAGACCUGUCCCGGGACCUAGCGGCACUGCACGAGCUCUGCGCCGCCCACUCAGACGAACUGCGCAUCCGGAGCAACCAGCGGGGAGCUCAGCAGCACGUGUUGAAAAAGCUGCUGGCCAUCACAGAGCUCCUGCAGCAGAGGCAGGAUCACUAUGCCAUGUCCAAUAGCAACAGGACGGAGUGUACCAUUAUGUCACUGGCCGCUGCCAUCCAGGUAAUGUGAAUUAGCAAGUGCCACCAGAGAGGGAGAGACAAAGACAAUGCUCGGAACGACUGGCCAGUCAGCUACACAUUCUGGUUCGGCGUGAAGGGACAGAAGAUCUAAACUGAAUAUGAUUUUGCUAAGCAUGUAGCCAUGUGCAAAGCCCUUAUUGGCCGUUUUAAAUGCAACACUGCUGCAGGAACUCACUUUCUCUGGGGAUGACGCCUGCAAAUUUUGAAAACCUUCCAAAGCCUAUCCGCGACAAGUUUACUUCAGAUACUUUCGUGUUUGUGUAUGGGGGCUGGGGCUGGGGGGGGGACUACGGUGAAGCUUCUGAAAGGAGAUGUGGAUCUCUGAAGAUGGACCUGAGAUACAUUUUGAAUCAUUCACUGUAGAGGCCUCCCCAGAAGUUCUCCUGAACAGUUUAUAUCUCCCGCUUCUUUAUUUUACCUUCGGCUACAUGGACACAGCCGUUAUUUCACCUUUACAAUGCAGUACGACACAGAAGGCAAGUAUGUAGGUGACCUGGAAAACCAUGGUUUGGGACUCCUUCACUUCUUUUUUUUCUAUGCCUCUCCCUAAACAAACACUUUGACGAGGAAACCGAGUCGGGACAGAGAGGCGAUCCAAAGCAUUAAAAAGUAGCACCGUCUGCCAUCAUCAGGGAAUUCUAACUUAGAACCUCUCUCUCUGACAAACAAAACAAGCCUUAACUCCCUUAACCUUUCUGCACAGCAACCUCUAACCCUUCUACGCGGGACUUCACCACACAAGCUCAAGUAUUCGUCCAUGUGUCGGGGGAAACAUGCUAAGCCGGAACCCAACAUCAUUUUAUAUGCCGCUUUUCGCUUGUUAGUAUUAUCCACAUAGGCUUGUGCUGAGGGGGUUUGUGUAAAGGUAGCUGAAAUGGGUUGAACCAUAACGAAGUUGUAUGACGUGCUAACAAAUGAUGUGUGUAGAGGAUAUCUAAGCUGUCCUGUGCAUGUUAUUAAUAACCAUAGAUGAAGACUUGUUAAAAGUGUAUGGGCCUACAUAUAUGCUGCUCUUUAGAAACUUCACUAAAAGCUUCCGCUAAGACCGGAGAGAAAACAAAACUGCUUUCAUGUGUUUACAGUCACAACCAUAACCAUAUGGUUAAUGCGUGCGGGACUUCUCUGCGUUGAAACCUGUGACUGUACGCAACUGUUAUGACUGCCGCCAGGGAUCCGUCCCUCACAGCUAGUAAUCCCUUUGAAUCUGUGCCUGCCAGAACAAGAGUUUACCAAACUGUUUACCGUUGAUGCACUAUCGCUACCACAGACCUCGACCGGGUGUCAAGGAGGAUGACCGGGGGAGGGGGCGACGGGGAGAUUGAGCCUAAGUCAAAGUCUCCUCCUCCCAGUACCCCGCGAUAAGCAGCAUAGUCUUGGUUGUUGUAGGGUAGGGGUGUGCGAUGUGCUGUUGUAUUUCCUUAUUGUAUUUCAUAUUAGCCAAUGAUGUGUUCCUUUUUUUAUUUUUCUACCUGAUACCGAACCUCAAUCUUUUGCAUCUUAGAUACAACCUGGCUGAAUAAAAAACGUUAGUACGUAGAACUGUGUGAAUCGUUGUGCUUUUAUCCCCUUUUUUACUAACAUCUUGCAACUGUGUAUUCUUUGUUAUGGCCUGUGAAUAAUGCCUGAUUGAUAUAAACGUUGCUAAAAUCUGAAAUCAGAACUACAAAAUGCUGCUUUAUGUGCAAUGCUACUUAAUAUGCAUGAUCUUUUUAAUCCUUGAUAUAUCAUAAAAACUGUCCACUUACUUUGUUGACGUGUUAAACUCCAAGUGGACCCUCUCCAGCUUCUCUUUGUAGGCACUAACUUCUUCUGCUUUAGGAAGUUCAUAAUCCUUUAUAAGCUUCUUCAUCCCUGGAUUAGAAAAAGACAUGCCCUUAAACAAUGCGUAGUUUGGACAGAAACUAUGCUAGUGCCAUCUUGUGGUGGAAAGUUGUAUCUGAAGUUUACUCACGUCUCAUGGAUUCAUUAAGUUUGACGAUAUACUCUCUGUUGUCCUUCAUCCCCAUGCACUCGCUGAGGUAACUGGGAUCGAAAAUAUAAUGCAGCUCAUUAUCUCCAUGUUUUAUACCUUCACCCUACCACCAUGCCCUACAUUUACUAAUGUGUGUAGCAGUCACAUGCACCUUAAAAAGUAAGCAAAAACUGCUUAUUGUACAGUUCGUUGUAAGAUAACCUGCUGGAAAGAGUUGGAAGGAAAAUCUAACUAAUCCAUCACAAUGUAAACAUAGACAGUCCGGCACAUGCUAUGUGGUCCGCGGUGCCAGGGGGAUGACCCACCUGUCCAUGUUGAGGCCUGCCCGCGAGGCGCUGUUCAGGAUGGCAAUCAGGGCGAUCUGAGACGGGGCGAAAAGCAGCCCAGCGUCCGUCGUGUUGGCUCUGGUCAGGAAGUCAUCGGCACUUUUCCUCAGCGACUCCGGGUUCUCCAGCGGGGGGUACCGGGUCUGUUCACAGACAGGGGUCAUGUGCAUGUUAUCCACUGAGGAAAUAAUAUAAAAAAACCUCCACCUAAUGGACUGACAUCGUUGUGAUGGGGUGGAGAAUAUCAACCACAACAUGAAUAGAUUUAGAUAAAUUCCCUAGCCAAAGAAAAGAGUAUACUAUGAUCGUGCUGUCCUAUAUAUUGUAUAAUGUAUUCGUACUUAUACUAGAGUGUCUGAUUGGUUGAAUGAUAUAAAAGCAGUCCAUGAUCCAAUAUAAUUCUGUUGGUGAGAGAGCAGCUAUUCCUAGGAAUGAAGAUGGGAGAAGGUGGUGAUGGUGGUGGUGGGGGGGUAAACAACAAGCUUCUCCCAGUGAUCCACCCCACCUUGAUGUCUAUCAGCAGCCCCUCCAUUGGCCUGUACGGAGUGUGGACCACCAGGUGAAAGUUGAGCUGUUGGAUGAGCAGGAGCUCGAACUCCAGGAUCUGCUCCAGCACCCUCUCCUGGCCGGCAGGCGUCUCCUGCAGCAAGUUGCCUACAAACUGAGUGCUGGAGACGUUGAACUCGUCCACUUUAC